AAUUCACUUUUUUUCGAAGCUGAGAAAAUGCCGAGUAAAAAUAAGAUUUUAGCUAAAAACAAAAGCCCGGAGCCAGUUUUACCGAAGCAGUCCUAUAAUUCCUCCACUGUUUCUGGCUCGGUCAAUAUUGAUUCUAACGAUGCAACAGGAUCACAUCAAUCCCGUUUGCUCCAGUCAUUCCUGAAAGGACACAGCAAAGCAGUCGAAAACGUAAAACGCAAUAACAUGGAGAUUGCAAAAAAGAUGCAUAAGCAUACGAAAGCCACUUUGGAAACGAAAGCUGAAAAUGAUCAUCUAAAAAUACAAUUAAACAACGCGGAACUGGAGCUGAAGGAACUGAAGAAAACGCUCGAAGGGGUAAAAGACAACAACAAUCAACUCAAUGAGAAAUACAUAACGGUUCUUCAGAAGUACACGCACUGCGAGAAACACUACGACGAAGAGCAGAGCAAGAUCAAAACCACAACCAAUCAGCUAAAAGCAGAAAUUAAAGCGAAACAAUCUCGCAUUGAUGAAUUGCAGCGCGAGCUCAAAACCGUGCAGGAGAAAUGCCUCGAAAUGAGUGCCCAAGUUGUUGCUGCGACACAAACUCAAGAGCAGCAAAGGGCCGAAUUGCAGGAGAUGCACUCGCAGCUUUUAGAGCACGCGAAGGAAAAGACGGAGGCCACUAACGCUAUGCAGAACAUGGAGCAACAAUUGGCUGCCCAAAAGCAGCUCCACGAGAAUUGCGAAUUGAAGUUAGCAGAGAGCAUUCUGCAUAUAUCGCGCAUUGAGAACCAACUAAUCGAUUUGGAACAGCGCUGUUGCGAGCUUCAGCAGUACAAUGAUACAAUCAAAAAUGAACUUGUGCUACAUCGAAAUCAACUCGAAGCUGCCAAAGCAGAGAAUAAGGAAAAGGACAGAGAAAUCAACACUCUAAGAGACAGCCUAAAUCAAGCAGAGAAUUCUAACCACGUUUUGGUACAGGAAGCCGAAGAUGCCGCUGCAAGGUUUGCCACUGCAAAGACAAACCUUGAUCAAGUAUUAAAUCAAGAAAAAAACCAACUCGAAGCCACGAUUGCACGACUUAAAUAUGAGCUGGAGCAGCAGAAUCUGGCCUACGGCGAUAUGGCCACACGAAACGCACAAGAAGUAAAUGACAUACACGUCAUGCUUUCCGAUCUGCAAGACAGGCUCAAUAAGAGCGAGCAGCAUUGUCGCGAGCAAGAACUGACCAAGAAACAGCUGGACAGCGGGCAUCAAAUGGCAACUCGCCGCUUGCAACAAUUGCUUAAGGCUGCCAAUGAACAACUGAACGAACAAUCUAAACAGAACCAGGCCUUAGUGUCGCAGCAACGCGAUGAAGUGGAGAACCACAAAGAAACCAUCAAGACACUUCAAGCUAAGCUGGAGCAACAUGAGAGUAAAGUAAAUGCACAGCAGCAGCAGAUACAACGCCUGGAGGCUGAGAGAGACACUCUGGAGGUCAAGGUGGCGCAGCUACUCGCCAAAACAGAAGAAAUCGUCAGGGAAUUGACAACAGCAAAGUCCAAAUUUAAGCAAGAACUAGAGUUUCACAAGGACACCGAAAAGCAAAAAAUGGCCAGCCUGCAAAUGGAGUUAAGCAAAAAGAAAGACGAAAUUGCCGAGCUGGAACGCAAAAAGGAUGGUAUUAUUGCUGAGCUGAAAUUUAAGAUGAACCGCAUUGGCAGUGUGUUUGAGCAGCCUGUCGGCAGUGUGCUAAGUGUGAGACCGGAACCGACUACCCAAACCAGGAACCCUGAAUCGCUUCAAGUUGUUGAAAGUCCACCCGCUACUUCACGUAAGCGUUUUGCAGUUGCCCAACGAAUUGAAGCCAUAUCGGAUUCCUCGGACUUUCUCAGCGAUAGCGAACUGGCUCCACUCCCACCAAAGGUGAAACCUCAAAAUAAGAGGGGAUAUGCUGCAAAUGCCAAACGCGCUCGUUUGAAUCAAAAUCAAAAGGAAAACAAUGAUAUUUUCGACAAGUUAAAGGAAGGCGCUUUAAAUGCUUAAAACACUAUUUAAAUUUUGAACAUUAGAAUUGGUCAAACCAUUUCGUCUUAGCCGUAAGACGUUAUUUAAAGCGUUUCCCAAUCUAGUUGGCAUCAUUACUGUUGAUCAGUACAUCUUUGACAAUCUGCUACGCUUAGGCAAGUCGUAUUUAAGAGACAUCCCGGAUAUUCUUACUGAUUGUUAAGUAAAUAUAUGAAGAAUAACUAAUAUCAUACUUAUUCAAAAUAU